CCGUGUCCGGCGCCGCCCCUCCCUCCGCGUCGCUCGGGGAGCCUCCAAGAUGGCCGCCGUGUCAGUUUGGGUCUCGGCCGCCAUCGUCGGGCCUCUGCCUCCUGGGCUCCGCCUCGUCUAGGCUCCGGUGUGUUUUUGCUUGUGCGUCCGGUUCAAACAUCAAGGCCUGGAGUGAGCUGGACUGAACUCUUUCCAAUUCUGUGCGCUAGCUGUUUGGAGGAUUCAUUGGAAAACAUGAACCAGGUUACAUGGUUUUUUAAACUGAAAGUGGGAAGCACUCAUGUUUGAAGAAGGAAGAGCAGUUUGGGGCAAAGAAGGUGGUAUGCUAUGGUUAACUGGUCCCCAUUCUCUGACCAUCUGUUUCCCUGCUGCGUGAAACUCCUUCAACACAGGGAUAAGGGAUAACGACUCUAUGGAUAUACAGAAUUGUUCACCAUGGUAAAACUCGCGAACCCGCUGUACACAGAGUGGAUUUUGGAGGCGAUUAAAAAGGUCAAGAAGCAGAAGCAGCGCCCUUCGGAAGAGAGGAUAUGCAACGCCGUGUCUUCGUCCCACGGUUUGGACCGCAAAACUGUUCUGGAACAGUUGGAACUGAGUGUUAAGGAUGGAACCAUUUUAAAAGUUUCCAAUAAAGGACUGAAUUCCUAUAAGGAUCCCGAUAACCCUGGGCGAAUAGCACUUCCCAAGCCACGAAAUCAUGGAAAGUUGGAUGGCAAACCCAACGUGGACUGGAACAAACUGAUUAAACGGGCAGUCGAGGGCUUGUCGGAGUCCAGUGGUUCGUCACUGAAGAACAUUGAGCGCUUCUUGAAAGGGCAGAAGGAUGUGUCGGCGUUGUUUGCAAACAGUGCUCCUUCUGCCUUCCACCAGCAAUUGCGUCUGGCUGUCAAGCGUGCUGUUGGCCACGGCCGGCUCCUUAAAGAUGGACCUCUCUACCAACUUAAUACGAAAGCAGCCGCAAACGCAGAGGGGAAAGAGAGCUGUGAGUCUCUUUCUUGUCUGCCUCCCGUAUCACUCCUUCCACAUGAAAAGGAUAAGCCAGUUGCUGAACCAAUCCCAAUCUGCAGUUUCUGCCUUGGCACAAAAGAACAAAACCGGGAAAAGAAACCUGAGGAGCUCAUCUCCUGCGCUGACUGCGGCAAUAGUGGUCAUCCAUCCUGCUUGAAGUUCUCCCCAGAGUUAACAGUUCGGGUGAAGGCCUUACGAUGGCAGUGCAUUGAGUGCAAAACGUGCAGUUCCUGUCGAGACCAGGGCAAAAAUGCUGAUAAUAUGCUGUUUUGUGACUCAUGUGAUCGAGGCUUUCACAUGGAGUGUUGUGAUCCUCCUCUGACCAGGAUGCCAAAAGGCAUGUGGAUAUGUCAGAUAUGUCGGCCACGUAAAAAAGGCAGAAAACUUCUACAUAAGAAGGCAGCACAGAUUAAGCGGCGUUAUGCCAACCCAAUAGGACGACCCAAAAACCGAUUAAAGAACCAAAAUUCAACAUCAAAAGCCCCCUUCAGUAAAGUUCAGACGGGACCUGGCCGAGGUCGUAAGCGCAAAACUCCCUUAUCCAACCAGUCAGCUUGCUCAUCGGAUGGGAGUUAUCUGGAGCAAGUUGAUGGCCUGGAAUUCUGCAGAGAUGCCAGCACCACCUUGAAAUUCAACAAGAAAACCAAAGGGCUCAUUGAUGGCCUUACCAAAUUCUUCACCCCGUCCCCUGAUGGGCGUAAAGCUCGAGGAGAAGUGGUGGACUACUCUCAGCAAUAUAGGAUCAGGAGAAAGGACAAUAGGAAAUCAAGCACUUCAGACUGGCCCACAGACAAUCAGGAUGGCUGGGAUGGAAAGCAAGAGAAUGAGGAAUGGCUCCUUGGAGGCCCAGAUGUCAUGGCUGAGAAAGAGAUGGAGUUGUUCAGAGACAUUCAGGAGCAAGCACUGCAGAAAGUAGGGGUGACAGGAGCCCCUGACCCGCAAGUCCGCUGCCCAUCAGUCAUUGAAUUUGGGAAAUAUGAAAUCCACACCUGGUAUUCCUCGCCAUACCCUCAAGAAUAUUCCAGGCUGCCUAAGCUGUACAUUUGUGAAUUCUGUCUCAAGUAUAUGAAAAGCAGAACUAUCCUGCAGCAGCACAUGAAAAAAUGUGGUUGGUUUCAUCCUCCGGCGAAUGAAAUUUACAGGAAGAGCAAUGUUUCUGUCUUUGAGGUGGAUGGGAACGUCAGUACCAUUUACUGCCAGAACUUGUGUCUAUUGGCGAAACUCUUCCUGGAUCAUAAGACGCUCUAUUAUGACGUGGAGCCAUUUCUUUUCUAUGUGCUGACACAAAAUGACAUGAAGGGCUGCCAUCUCGUUGGCUACUUCUCCAAGGAGAAGCACUGCCAGCAGAAGUACAACGUUUCCUGCAUAAUGAUUCUUCCCCAGUACCAGCGCAAGGGCUAUGGCAGAUUCCUCAUUGAUUUCAGUUAUCUCCUAUCAAAACGUGAAGGCCAAGCAGGAUCCCCAGAGAAGCCAUUAUCUGAUUUGGGUCGUCUCUCCUACAUGGCUUAUUGGAAAAGUGUAAUCUUGGAGUGCCUUUAUCACCAAAAUGACAAGCAGAUCAGCAUCAAGAAGCUAAGCAAACUGACAGGCAUCUGCCCUCAGGACAUCACUUCAACUCUACACCACCUGAGGAUGCUUGAUUUCCGUAAUGAUCAAUUUGUGAUUGUUCGGCGGGAGAAACUCAUCCAAGACCAUAUGGCGAAGCUGAAACAGAAUCUCCGGCCUGUCACUGUGGAUCCAGAAUGUCUGCGCUGGACUCCAGUCAUUGUUUCAAACUCGGUCGUUUCUGAGGAUGAAGAAGAAGAACCUGACGAAGGGGAAAAUGAAGAUCAACAGCAGCCAAAGGAGAGAGAAAUAGAGGUGAUAAAGUCUCUAUCUUGGGAAAGAAAAGAAAGAGAGUCUCGCUUUCCCCUGGAGAGUGAAAAAAAGCCAGAGGUUGCCCCACCCGCCAAUCCUGUGCGGCCAAACAAGCAAAGUCUUCCUCUGGCUGGCCUUCCUGCAAACAGCCAAACACCACGAAGGGGCCGAUGGAGUCGGAAGAGCAAAAAGUUGCGAGAAUCCUAUGCUGAGAAGGAAUCAAAGCUCCUUUUAGAAGAGAAGUCGGCAAUGGCCAGGGGGGGUCGGUGUGGGGAGUGCCAGGAAAAGGCUGCUGCCGCCGCCGCCGCCGCCGCCGCCGCUGCCGCUGCUGCCGCCUCUCGAGGGAGAUUUGGGGAGAGUGACGAGAAAAUGGCUUCUUCCCAGGGACAGUGUGGCAAAUGUGAGGAAAAGGUCCCAGCUCCCCGCAGGCACUUCCAUAAAGAUGAGGAAAAAUCUGCUGUCCCCCAGGGGCAAUAUGGUAGAGGGGAAAAGCCCUCAGCAAACCAGAGACGGUACAGCGAAGGCAUGGAGGUUUGGAGAGGGCAGAUGAAGACCCUUGAGCCCCUGAAAAGCAGAAUCUCUGAGGACUGUGGCAGGAUACCCCGGCGACACAGCACUCCUGCCGACAGGACACUGCCAAGGCACUUCAGUGAGAGCAGCGAAGAUGAGGAGGAGGAGCCCAUCAGCCCCUGCUCUAAUUCCCCACCAGUCCUCACCAAACCCACGCUGAAGCGAAAGAAACCCAUUCCUCGAAAGCGGAGGGUCCGGAAGCGCAAGUACCACAACAGCAGCGUGGUGACUGAAACCAUCUCUGAGACGACGGAAGUGCUGGACGAGCCUUUUGAGGACUCCGACUCUGAGAGGCCCAUGCCUCAACUAGAACCCACCUUUGAGAUGGAGGAUGAAGAGGAUGAGGAAGAAAGUGAGCUGUUUUCUAGAGGAUACCUUCGGCACCUUUCUCCCCAGGGCUCCCUUAGACACAGGCCCUCGUCAAAGAGAGGAUCCCAGGCUGCAGAGGAGUCAGAUGAUGCCACUGAUUCUCCCACCUUGAAACCAGUCUCUGUGCUGAGAAAAUGUGAAGCGAAGGAUUCUCCACUCCAGCCGGACACUUCCACACCUAUGAAAAAGAAGAAGGGUUGGCCCAAGGGCAAAAGCCGGAAGCCUAUCCACUGGAAGAAAAGGCCUGGCCGCAAGCCGGGAUUCAAACUGAAGAGGGGGAAGGUUCUAGCCCCCUCCCCAGAGGAAGUAGCAGAUCCCAUGGAGGCCACUUCAAAACCAGGGCGCAAACCAAAAGUGCAGGAGAAGGAAGAGCCUGUUGAUAAGAAGGAAGAACUUCUGCCUGUAGCAGAGGAAAGAAAAGAAGAAGAUGGGCCUACUGAGGUAGGGGAUCAGGGAGAGGAAGAGGAAGAGGAAGAUGCACCUGCCAGUGAAGAAAAAGUGGCUUCUCCUCUAGGUAGUAGCGGUAGCCCAGCAGAAGAAGUAAAGGAACCCGAAAUGGAGGAAGAAGUAGAGAAGCCACAGGUCCUGGAAGAGCAAAGGCAGUCUGAAGAAGAGCAUCAAGAGAUGGAAGAACCUGAGCGUGACCAGGAAGAGGAAGAGGAGGAAGCAGCAGCAGCAGCAGCAAAUGAGAAUGAAGACCACGAUGCGGAUGACGAAGAAGAUGAUGGCCAUAUGGAAUCUACUAAGAAGGAUGAACUGGAAGAACAGGCGACGAAAGAGGAGCUGAAGGAAGAACCAGAUGUCCAGGAGCCUUUUUUAGAAACAAGCACACAGGAUGGUAGAGAGGAAGAUGUGAAGAGCAAGAGUGAGGGAGAGGCAGAUUCUGAGGAAGAACAGGUGUCCCAUGAGACAUCUGUGGGGUCAGACCCUGUCCCCGGUUCCGAAGAUGACCAAGAGGAAGAACAGCAUGCCAAGGAAGGGCUGAUUGAGCUAAAGGAGGAGGAGCCAAUCCCUCAUAGUGAGCUGGACCUUGAAACUGUCCAAGCAGUGCAAUCCUUGACGCAGGAGGAAGAGAACCACGAUCAUGAGGUGGCCUACCAGGACUGCGAGGAAACCCUAGCGGCUUGCCAGAACCUGCAGAGCUACACUCAAGCCGAAGAAGAUCCUCAGAUGUCGAUGGUCGAAGACUGCCAGGCCUCGGAACACAACAGCCCCAUCUCCUCUGUCCAGUCUCACCCCAGCCAGUCCGUGCGCUCUGUCAGCAGCCCCAGUGUACCCAGCGCCCUGGAGAGCGGCUACACCCAGAUAAGCCCGGAGCAAGGCUCUCUUUCCGCUCCUUCUAUGCAGAACAUGGAGACCAGCCCCAUGAUGGAUGUGCCUUCCGUAUCAGACCAUUCUCAGCAGGUGGUAGACAGUGGCUUCAGCGACCUCGGCAGCAUUGAGAGCACAACGGAGAACUAUGAGAACCCGAGCAGCUACGACUCCACCAUGGGGAGCAGCAUCUGUGGCAACAGCUCUUCACAGAGCAGCUGCUCCUAUGGGGGGCUCUCCUCUUCCUCCAGCCUCACCCAGAACAGUUGUGUGGUCACCCAGCAGAUAGCCAGCAUGGGCAAUAGCUGCAGCAUGAUGCCCCAGGGCAGUGUCCCACCUGCCACAAACUGCAACAUCAAGUCCCCUCAGAGCUGUGUGGUUGAAAGGCCACCAAGUAACCAGCAGCCGGCAGCACAGCCCUCACAGCCCCAGGCCCAAGCCCAGCAGCCUCAGCCCCCACCUCCAACACAACAACAGCAGCAGCAACAGCAACAACAACAGCAGCAGCAGCAGCAACAACAGCAGCAGCAGCAGCAGCAACAGCAGCCUCCAUUGUCUCAGUGUAGCAUGAACAACAGUUUUACCCCAGCCCCGAUGAUCAUGGAAAUCCCUGAAUCUGGCAGCACCGGCAACAUAAGCAUCUAUGAGAGGAUUCCCGGGGAUUUUGGUGCCGGUGGCUACUCCCAACCCUCUGCCACCUUCAGCUUAGCCAAGUUGCAGCAGCUGACCAACACCAUAAUGGACCCUCAUGCCAUGCCUUACAGCCAUUCUCCUGCGGUGACUUCCUAUGCAACCAGCGUGUCUUUGUCCAACACAGGCCUGGCUCAGUUGGCUCCGUCUCAUCCCUUGGCGGGGGCGCCCCAAGCACAAGCCACCAUGACACCCCCGCCCAAUUUGGCAUCCACCACCAUGAACCUCACCUCGCCCCUCCUUCAGUGUAAUAUGCCUACCACCAAUAUUGGCAUCCCUCACACCCAGAGGCUGCAGGGGCAGAUGCCGGUCAAGGGGCACAUUUCCAUCCGCUCCAAGUCAGCCCCACUGCCCUCGGCCGCUGCCCACCAGCAGCAGCUCUAUGGCCGCAGCCCUUCUGCUGUGGCCAUGCAGGCCAGCCCCCGGGCAUUGGCCGUUCAGCGGGGCAUGAACAUGGGGGUCAACCUGAUGCCGACUGCCCCUUACAAUGUCAAUUCCAUGAAUAUGAACACCCUGAACGCUAUGAACAGCUACCGGAUGACCCAGCCCAUGAUGAACAGCAGUUAUCAUAGCAACCCUGCUUACAUGAACCAGACCGCCCAGUAUCCUAUGCAGAUGCAAAUGGGAAUGAUGGGGAGCCAAGCCUAUCCCCAGCAGCCUAUGCAGCCAAACCCUCAUGGGAAUAUGAUGUACACUGGCCCCUCACAUCACAGCUACAUGAAUGCUGCUGGGGUGCCCAAGCAAUCUCUCAAUGGAGCCUAUAUGAGAAGAUGAGCAAGAGGAACUUGUGGUCUUGAAACACACACAAGAGACACACCUACACAAAACACACACACAGAAAACUAACUGAAAUCGCUAUAAAUAAAGGAACCUUUUAUACUGACAAACCAGAGACAAUGGACCUUUUUCCAGUUAAAUAUUGCUGUAGAUUUUAGAUGGGGUUUUGUUCCCUUUUGGUUUCUUCUGUUCUUUUUGUUUUAUUUUAUUUUUAGGGGGCCUGGUCUUUAUUCUUUUCACGUUUCGUGGGGUUCUCUUGUGUUGGGUCUUCAUUUUCCUCCACAAUCCUGGAACACUUCACAGUUCAAAUCCAUUUUUAAAAUGGGCUUUGGUCUUUUUCUUGUUUCGGUUUGGUUUCAGGGAGGGGAUUGAAAAUGUGCGUAAGACCUUUCCAUAAUUUUAACACAGAGCCUUACUUUGCUGACCAACUGGGCAGAGUGUGUGUAAAACAGUCAUCAUCUUUUCCUAUUCUGAUGCCAUGUCCUCUUCCUCUUCCCUUAUGCCUAGCUCCGAAGAUGGCCUCAUCUCUAAAGGCUUAUAUCCUUCCCUACCUUCUGUGUGCUAUUUCAGGGCCAACAGAAGGCCUUGAUGUGGUGACUGAGGAUGGGAUAUGGAGCCCAAAGCAAACUCUCUGAUCCUCUUUUACCAUCUCUUUUCCCUACUCAAAUCCCCCACAGCAAUAGGAAUGGUUUAUUUCCCCCCACCCCUCAAAACGUCCUGAAAUACGGUUUAAAUGUAACUUUUAAAAAGUGCACCCAUCCACACAUACCUGAUACAGAUAACUGUUAGUCUGGCCUAGCACCUUAAGAAAGAGCUUCAUGCAGUCUUCACAAAGGGUUUGGGAAAAGGAGAGCACUGCAGUGCUGUCAGAGAAAUCUUGACAGCUGAACCUUCUUCGAACAUGGCUGUGCUUUCCAGCCAAGAUCUCCAAAGCUCUCGCACAGAGUGCUGUCCCUUUGCUUUUGGAAGCUGGAGCAAAUACUGAGCUUCCCACCUUCUUUCUCACGCUGGUCUCCUGCCGGGAGAGAAAGUGGUGGGUGUCCACCCUUUUCUCCAACGCCUCCAAGUUGCAUCAGUGGGCUUGAGCAUUUCUCCAAGGUGUUCUCUCAGCUGUGUGUGUGAGUGAAUGAGAGAGAGAGAGAGGUUGUGCGUAUGUUGUGUGUGUGUCUUAGCAGGUAGAGGAGUGAAUGUCAGGGAGACAACUGGGGCAGGAGGAGUCCUUGCUCUGCAGUCCAUCCCAGCGGAGGCCAGGUCUGCGAUGGCACACACCGUCGGCUAACUUAACAUGGAGGGGGGGGGGGAACAUAGCUUAUCCUUCUAAUGUAAAGUUCUCUCUGUAUAUUCCUGUAGAGCUACAGAUGCACUUAGAGUGACUUAGAUGUGUAAAGAAUUCUUCUUCUUCUUCUUUUCUUCUUCUUCAAAGAAACCUGAAAGGCAGUUGCGGAAGGAGGGGAGGGAAGGUUUCAACUGCACUAGAAAAUUACAAAGGACUUCCUCUGUACUGUUCAGUAUAUUGAAACGUAAAAUUAAAGGCAGAAUCCCAAGGGCUUCCAGCCCUCGUUUUUCCCCUCUCUCUCUUAGUUCUUGAGCAUGUGUACAAGGCUGAGCAUAGGACCUACGUCCCUGUAUAUAUAUAUAUCUACGAAUCCAGGCUCACCACAUCUGUGUCAGAAAAGCCACUCUGGCUGCCCUCUCCUUCCCAGGCUCUCCUCUGUGCCGGCGUUGCGCCUCGGGCGCAAGUGGGUCGGGCGCGGGUUUGUCGGGGGAUCGAAAGCGAAGCUGUUGGCACGAGGGCCGUGAAACUUCUUGUUUUUUAUUUGUCUGCUGUUACCUUUUUUUGGUUUUUGGGUUUUUUUGUAUGGUUUUUUAAAAAUCAAUUGGGCAGCUCCCUUUUUUCCACAAACCUUUGUGACUGUAGAACUUAUUGUAGAGAACCAAUGUUCUUUUCUAUAUUAUUAUUAAAAAGAAAAAGAAAAAGAAAAUAUCCGACACAGUAAUAUUGGUACCUGUCAUUUUUUUUCCACUUCUGUUUAAGAAAAAAAAUAAUAAUAAUGAUAAUAAUAAUGAUAAUAAUAAUAAUAAUAAUGUAUUUUUAGCAAAAAUAAACUUGGGUAAUCUUCUAAAAGAAAUUUAAAAAAAAACACUCACUGUUAGUGACUUUGAUGCCUUUUAAAAAAAAGAGCUUUUUCAUUUCAUUCCAUCUUUAAAAUUUUUUAUCUUUGUUGUAGAAUAUUAAAGACUAUUUUAAGAAAGAUGAAAAUUCUCUUUAAAGAGAUCUCUAGAGUGUGUGACUAGAGCUCCAGAUGCCUCUAAAGCCGCAUGUACAAAAUGAAGCCGCCGCGUCUAUUCCUGUCUGUUUAUAUUUGCUUUUCCUGUUUUGUAACUUCUUUGUACUUUGUUCUUGGUGACUUGUAAGCUUCAAAGGGGAAGGGGUGCCUGGAUGAUGAUCAACCCUUUGUAAUUCUCCAUGUCAUGCGCUCCUUGGGCUGGCCGGCCUCCCUUCCUCUCCUUGUAUGUAAUAUCACUUUUUCCCUCCCCCCUUUCUAGCAAGUACUUUCAAAAGAACUCUGUACAUUUUAACAUAAAAAAAAAUAAAUUAUGUUGAGCCAUUUU